AUGCCACAGUCAACAUUAGCACGGUUGGUGCUUCAGCAUGAUUCCAGCGAUCAACAAGUCGUAACACUAUCUUCCGCUUUAUGGGAACGUAUCGCACCAGCCGACCUUGGUGGAAAAGACACGUUUCCUGUAUCGAUUAAGAUACCUUGUCUAUCUACUUCAACGCCUAUCGACUCACCAAAAAAGGAUGAAUCACUGUCAAAUUCCUUAUCAUCAAUCUUGAUCCAUGCCAAAAGGACAAAUGAUUAUCAGGGGACCAAGGAAUGCAUAUUUGUUAGUACUGCAUUUAUCGAGACUAUUUAUGGCUCUUGGGCAUCUACAAGACUAGACGACGAGUACGAAGAAUUCGAUGCCGACGAUGGAGGAAAUUGUAUCGCUCAUAUCGAAGCUGUCCAGCUAGCCCCAUUGGAUGAAAUAGUCAUUGGUGCAUUAGAUGCGUCAUCUUUUCAAAGUUCACAGCAAGAUGAAGCUGCUGUCGGCAGACUUUUGACUUCUGAGGAUGAUGAGCUGAAAAUGAUCAUACGCGCUGGUGGACGAUAUACCUUUGACGGCUAUGAUUUCAAGGUCCUAAUGACGAGUCCAGUUCAGCAGGGAUAUAUCAAGUCGACCGAAGACACGAGAGUUUUGGUUGUUGAUCUAUCGUCGGAAGACACUGCCGCUAGUUUGGAUAACCCAGCUGUCUCAGAUCAAGCCAACAAUAUUACAACCUACAAUAUGCUUGAAGCUCACACAAGUUCAACUCUGGUCGAGCCACAAGAAUUCAUUCCUCGCAUUUUACAAAAACCAUGGCCCGUCUCAAGGCUUUUUCCAGAACCGGGAGUUAUGGAUGAUGAUGAAAAUCGAUUAUUCAUUGGUGUGAAGGAUUUGGCACGCUGUGGUGUUUUUAGCGGUGAUUGGAUCCUAGUUAGUGCAGCUGAUAGCAAAAAAUCGCGGCUCUGUCGUGUCUACGGUGUUGACGACAUUGAUUUAAUCAAUGAGCAAGAUAGCUUUGUUUAUCUUCCCCCGGUUCUAUAUCUCAACCUAGGACUGCCUCUACCUCCCACAUCAUCAGAGGAGGCCGUCGUAUGUCUAUCGCGACUGAAUGUUUCUCCUCCUGAGUCUGGUCCAGAUAUUGCUAGUGCUGUGAGUAUAGCAAGAGUCGCUUCAUCCGCCUCCAUGGAUAAGUCCUUGCAAAAUGCAUUCCUUGAAGCACUUAAGCAAUGGUUCGAAGAACGAGAACGGGUUCUAUGCAACGGCGACCUCAUCGUUAUUCGCUUGAAUGAGGAACAAGCACGGUUACAUUCGCGGAAUGAUGAUGAGUCCAUUCAGCAGAAAACUAUUGAUGCUACGACAUUGGCGUAUUUCAAGGUGACUAGCAUGGAGGAAGAGGAAACGAAUGCCAAAACCGAUAGCGAUGGUAUCCACCCUUCCUUCUAUGGACAUGGAAGAAGAAUCGUACCAAGCCAUACAAAAAUGAUACAAACAGGCAUUGAGCAUUCACGUGCACCGAUCGGAUCACUUACUCACUAUUACGACCUUGUCAACAAACUUCCUCUUCACCGCACACAAACCCCAGCCUAUAAUCAGCUAUUUGAAUUGGUAUCAUCUUCUUUGCAUCCGUUGGGCCGCGAUUUCCAGCUAUCGUGCAACGCUCUUGUUCAAGGACCACGGGGUGGUGGCAAGGCAACUUUAGUCCGUGAAGUGGCGGAAGAUUUGGGAAUUCAUCUCUUUGAAUUUUCUGCUUGCGAUAUUGUAUCCGAGACCGAUGCAAAGACAGAGGUCCAUAUGCGAGCUAAAUUCGAUAAGGCAGCAUCAUUGACCCCAUGUAUCAUGCUUAUCAGAAUGAUCGAAGAUCUGGCACAAAAGAGUGCUGUAGUUGAGACAGGCCAAGAACCUUUAUUGGCUACAGUUCUACAGGAGUGUAUUGAAAAUGUUCGCGCUACGCACGCAAGCACUGGAUUUCCGAUCAUGGUGAUCGCAACCACUAGCGACAUCGAUGCUUUACCAACAAGUAUUCUUGGUUGCUUCAGACAUGAAGUUGUGGUUGACGCUCCUGAUGAAGCAGCACGACUUCGUGUAUUGCAAAAUUUGACCUGCCAUUCUCCCGUUGCUCCCGAUGUCUCCUUGCCAACUUUAGCGACUCAAACUGCUGCGUUGGUGGGUAAGGACUUGGUGGAUUUAGUAGCAAGAGCAGGUGUAAUGGCACUCCAACGUGUCAACAAAUCAAUAGAGGGACAACAAAGGGGUAAUCAUUUAACAGCUGAUGAUAUCAAGAAAGCUGGCGUUUUGUUGACGGCUGCUGACUUUGAUGCUGCAUUGAAUGAAGCACGAGCGAGUUAUUCGGAUUCAAUUGGCGCUCCAAAGAUUCCAAACGUAACAUGGGACGAUGUCGGAGGUUUGGCUCACGUCAAAGACGACAUUCUAGAUACUGUGCAACUUCCUUUGGAGCAUCCUGAACUCUUUGGUGCAGGCUUGAAAAAACGUAGUGGUAUCUUGCUUUAUGGUCCUCCUGGUACUGGCAAGACAUUGUUGGCGAAAGCUAUUGCUACAUCGUGCUCUCUCAACUUCUUUUCCGUCAAAGGACCAGAACUACUAAAUAUGUAUAUCGGUGAAUCAGAAGCCAAUGUUCGCCGCGUAUUCCAACGAGCACGUGAUGCAAAGCCUUGCGUUGUAUUCUUUGACGAGUUGGACUCCGUAGCUCCAAAACGUGGUGAAAAAGGAGACUCAGGCGGCGUUAUGGAUCGCAUCGUGAGUCAAUUGCUUGCUGAAUUGGAUGGCAUGAGUGAAGGUGGUGAAGGAUCAGGUGCAGGCGACGUCUUUGUGAUUGGUGCAACAAACCGACCCGAUUUAUUGGAUCCUGCGUUACUUCGCCCAGGAAGAUUUGAUAAAUUGCUUUAUCUUGGUGUGAGUGAUACCCAUGAAGCACAAUUACGCAUCAUUCAAGCUUUGACCAGAAAAUUCCGCCUCCACCCUGACUUAGACCUUAUGCGGGUGGCCGAACGUUGCCCCUUCCAUUAUACCGGCGCUGAUUUCUAUGCACUCUGCUCUGACGCGAUGCUAAAGGCCAUGACACGUGUAGCCAAUACAAUCGAAUCCAAGGUGCAGCGGCUCAACAAUGAAAAGCACGCCGAUUUGCCUAAUCCCGUUACUGCUCAAUAUUAUCUAUCACGGAUCGCAACUACAGAAGAAACCACAGUUCAGGUUGAAGAAGUCGAUUUCUUGAAUGCCUUGGAUGAGUUAGUGCCAAGCGUGUCUGCUACAGAACUUGCACAUUAUCAAAGUGUUCGAGCCAAGUUUGAGCAGUCUCCAGAUGACAAUGAAUCAAGUAAUCAGCGUGAACAGGAACAACGGGAACAGGAACAGCGGGCACAAGAAGAAAUCAAGCGACAGCAAGAGCAGAAACGAAAAAGCAAGGGUAAAGGCAAAGCCCGAGCCCAAUAA